UGUAGUUUUUUUGUGUGUGUGUUUUUUUUUGCGUGGCUGAAUCGUUACCGGGGGUUACCGGGAGGAUGGCGUCUGGCAGCGGAGGGGCUAGGUCCUUUUUGGCGGACGCUGGUUAUGGGGAGCAGGAAUUGGAUGCUAAUUCGGCCCUGAUGGAGCUGGACAAAGGAUUAAGAUCUGGGAAGCUUGGUGAGCAGUGUGAAGCAGUUGUGCGUUUUCCAAGAUUAUUUCAAAAAUAUCCAUUCCCCAUCCUGAUCAAUUCCGCAUUCCUUAAGCUUGCUGAUGUGUUCAGAGUUGGGAACAAUUUUCUUCGUCUCUGUGUGCUGAAAGUCACCCAACAGAGUGAGAAACACUUGGAAAAAAUCCUAAAUGUGGAUGAGUUUGUGAAAAGGAUCUUCUCUGUCAUUCACAGCAAUGACCCUGUUGCCAGAGCAAUUACACUGAGAAUGCUAGGCAGCAUGGCCUCCAUAAUACCGGAUCGUAAAAAUGCACAUCACAGUAUACGGCAGAGUUUAGAUUCCCAUGAUAAUGUGGAGGUUGAGGCGUCUAUUUUUGCUGCUGCUCACUUCUCGGCACAGUCAAAGGACUUUGCUACCGGAAUCUGUAACAAAAUUGGUGAAAUGAUCCAAGGCUUGGCCACCCCUGUAGACUUGAAGUUGAAGCUUAUUCCAAUUCUCCAGCACAUGCACCAUGAUGCCAUUUUGGCAUCCAACAGUCGUCAACUUCUGCAGCAGUUGGUAACCUCCUAUCCUUCUACGAAAAUGGUUAUUGUAACGCUGCACACCUUUACACUGCUGGCUGCAUCUUCCUUGGUAGAUAUUCCAAAACAGAUUCAACUGUUGUUGCAAUAUUUAAAAAAUGAUCCCAGAAGAGCAGUGAAAAGACUCGCUAUUCAGGACCUGAAGUUAUUGGCCAACAAAACCCCCCACACAUGGAGCAGAGAAAAUAUUCAGGCUCUCUGCGAAUGUGCACUUCAAACACCGUAUGACAGUCUGAAGCUUGGUAUGCUUACGGUUCUCUCCACUCUGUCAGGGAGCAUAGCCAUCAAACAGUUCUUCAAUGCUGUUCCAGGCACCAAACCCAGCCCUGCAAGGUAUUCAGAUUUAAUUAAACUUGCACAGGAGUGCAGUUACCAUAGUAACCGGGGUAUUGCAGCUCAUGGUGUGACUGUUCUGACAAAUAUUGUGUCUUCCUGCCAGGAUAAAGAUAAUUUGGGUCUGGAAAAAGACGCUGUUUUUGGGCUUGAAUCACUCCUUGUCCUUUGCAGCCAAGAUAAUAGUGCAGGAGCUCAGCUAACAUUAAAGAUUGCUUUAUCCUGCAUGGUUAAGCUGGCAAAGAGCCGACCAUAUCUCAGCCAGUCAGUGGUGGAGUCUCUCCUAACACAGCUUCACAGCGCGCAGGAUUCGGCCAGGAUACUCAUGUGUCAUUGUCUGGCUUCUGUUGCCAUGCAACUGCCAGUCUUGGGGGAUGGGAUGCUGGGAGACAUUGUGGAGCUUUACAAGUUGAUUGGACGAUCAUCUACUGACAAGCAGCAAGAACUUCUGGUCUGCCUGGCCACAGUUAUAUUUGUUUCAAGUCAGAAAGCCCUCUCUCCGGAAGUAAAGACUAUCAUUAAACAGCAGCUGGAAAACGUGUCCAAUGGUUGGACUGUGUAUAGGAUUGCCAGGCAAGCUUCUAGAAUGGGUAACCAUGAUAUGGCAAAGGAUCUCUAUCAAAGCCUGCUAACACAGGUGGCCUCGGAACAUUUCUACUUUUGGUUAAACAGCCUGAAGGAAUUCUCUCUGGCAGAGCAGUCUCUCACAGUGCUGGAAGAGGAUGAUUACAGCUCUGCCUUGUCGUCUAUCGCUGAUGCACUAAAAUCUUACCACAAGGGGAUUGCUUCACUUACCGCUGCUAGUACACCUAUGAAUCCUUUAAGUUUUCAGUGUGAAUUUGUGAAGCUGCGGAUAGAUCUCCUUCAUGCUUUCUCUCAGUUAAUCUGCACCUGUAACAGUCUGAAAACCAGCCCCCCUCCUGCCAUUGCCUCCACCAUUGCUAUGACUUCGGGCAAUGAUCUCCAGCGUUGUGGGCGCAUUUCAACCCAGCCAAUUCAGGACCAGUCUACCAGUUGUGCUGCUUCUCUGUUAACCCAUUAUGGUCUCCCCUCUCACCUACUUGUAGUACAGCGUGCUAUUACUUUAGUCAAAAUGAAACAGUCCAUGGAAGAAUUCAAAGAUCUUGCUACGCGCUAUAGUGACCUGUAUCGGUCUUCAUUCGAUGCUGAUUCUGCUACUUUGAGGAACAUAGAAUUGCAUCAACAAAGCUGCCUUUUGAUAUCCUAUACCAUUGAGGCCCUUAUUUUGGAUCCCGAAUCUUGCAGUUUCCAGGAAUGCAGCUUCAGUGGAUCUGGUCAGGCUGACAGCGAGUACGAGAGAAAGAUGAUGUCUGUCUUUAAUCAUGUACUGGAGGAAGUGGAACUUCUCAGUAGAAAAUACCCCCCUAUCUCUUACCUGCACACCUCUUGCCUCUGCAACGCAGCCAUCAGCCUGUUAAAAGUCCCCCUUUCAUUUCAGAGGUACUUUUUCCAGAAACUGCAGUCCACCAGUAUCAAGCUUGCCCUGUCCCCAUCUCCACGCAAUCCUGCAGAGCCAAUCCCUGUACAGAGCAAUCAACAAUUGGCCUUAAAAGUAGAAGGUGUGGUGCAACAUGGCACCAAACCGGGUAUGUUCCGGAAGAUCCAGUCCGUCUGCCUCAAUGUUUCAUCUUCCCUGCAGAGUAAACCUGGCCAGGAUUUUAAGAUUCCUACAGAGGGUGUACGGAGUGAAAUGGAGCAGAGAGUGGAGCCUCACAAUGAUUACUUCAGCACCCAGUUCCUACUGAACUUCUCUGUGUUGGGAACACACCAGAUCACCGUGGAGUCAUCUGUGAUUGACUGUAAUGGGAUCCUCUGGAAGACUGGCCCGAAGAGUAUGAUUAUAGUUAAAUCAUUGGAAGAUCCUUAUUCACAGCAGAUUCGCUUACAGCAGCAGCAACAGCAACAGCAGCAGCCACAGCCACAACAACCAGUGCAACAGCAAAGAAACGCAUACUCUCGGUUUUAAUACCUUAAAGUGCUGUCACCUCAAAGUUAAAUCCUGUUAAAUAUAAAUAUAGCUCUUUUUAAAAAAUUAUAAUUGGAUGACUGUGAAAUUAAAUUUUUGAUAUAAGUUCA